CAAAACUUCUUCUUCUUCUUCUUCUUUAAUCAUCGGAAACCCUAACUUGUGAUCCAAGUUACGGCGAUAUGCAGCCGGCAACCGACGUUUUUAGCCUCCAUAAUUAUUUGAUCUCUACAAACCCAACGCCAUAUCCCUCUCAUUUCACCGUUUCUUCACCAUUUGACCUAAAUGGGCAAAACCCAAAUCCAUUCUACAGUUUCCAGGCAGCUACUACCAUGAGCCUCAGCAGCAACAAUUCAACCUCGGACGAAGCAGAGGACAAACAAACGGACAUAAUCAACGAGCGGAAACAGAGGAGGAUGAUAUCGAACAGGGAAUCAGCGAGAAGAUCGCGUAUGAGAAAGCAAAGGCACCUCGACGAGCUCUGGUCACAGGUUAUGUACCUCAGGAACGAAAAUCACCAGUUGCUGGACAAGCUAAACCAUGUUUCAGAGUCUCAUGAGAAGGUUCUUCAGGAGAAUUCUCAGCUCAAAGAAGAAGCAACCGAACUCAGGCAAAUGAUCAGCGACAUGCAGAUUCAGAGCCCUUUUUCUUGCUUCAGAGACGAUUUCGGAGAUGAAUCCCCAUUAGAGUAGGGGAAAAAAGGCGUUUUUUCAGAUGCCCAUUUCGCGUAUUAGUGUCGCCAAGUUAUAUAUAUAUAUAUAUACAGAGGCUUAGCGUCUACUUUCGUGAUUAUAUGUCUCCGAGUAAUCCAGUAUGUACAUUUACAGACCGUCACCUUGUUUUAUAAGGCUAUAUUAGUGUAAAACAGAGUUCUCUCUCAUGGUAUAUAUGAUCGUACGUUGUAUA